UAAAACAAUAUACCUUUAAACAAAUGUCAGACAUCAUAAUUAUAUUUCACCAAAAUCUUUAAUUUAAAGCCCGUAUUUAAACCGGAUGUAUAUUUGUUCCGAAAAAGUGUCUCGUUGGCUACUCUCGGCAAAUCAACUUCAGUCAACUCAUCAAUCGUAAAAGUCAAACGCCGCUAAAGUAAUAUUUUUUUUUAGUUUUUCUUAUAAGUCAAAGCGAAAUGUGUAAAUAAUCAAUUUGGAAAAUUCAAUUGCGUUUGAUUACAAUCUAGUUUUAUAUGUAUUAUGUGAUUUGACGGUAGAUUAAUAUUAUAUAUAGUAAAUUUUAAUUUUUAUUAUCAAACUUUGGAAACCUGUCAAACACCGCUUUUUGCAAUAAAAGAAUAUUAUCAAGAUGGAUAUUUACACCGGUCUCAUUUUCGGAGUGAUAGUCAUAUUAUGUGCGGCAGUAUUAGCUUCAAUUAGUCUAUUUGGAAUGAAAACUAAAACUUACGAUGAAGCUAAAGCUGAAAAGAAGACAGUUGUCGAAACUGUGAAACUGGCUCAGCACCAAAAGCAGAAGAAAAACAAGAAAUCUCUCAAAAAGACAAAAGAAAAUAAGGAAAUCAUCAAUAAGGAUUUGAAAGACGAAAUCAAACAAACUGUUGUUGAUGAUGAAGAGGAGGAAUCUGUUAAAGUUGAGACUAAACCGGUUCAUGUAGAGUUUCAAGAACCGGAAAUUAUUCCAAUUGAUGAUGAUGUUGUACAGUUAAAGAAAAAUAAAAAGAAAAACGCUCCAGCACGUCCAAUUUUAGUGAAUAAGGAUGAGAACAAAAUUUCAGCACCACCAUCAACAUCCAGUUCUACAACUUCGUUGAAUCAUUUCGAAAACAUUCACCCCAAAGAUGAUUUGGAGAAAUUGAAAGCACAAUUGGCUUCAGAUCCAGUAAAAUCCAAAACUGUUGUUAAACCAACAAAAGCUAAGUUGGAAGCUAUCGUUUCUAAGGACAUGAAAGUAACUAAAGCUCAUUUGUCAGAACCAGUUCACGAGCAAACUAAUGUGAACUCACAGAAGUCGCACAAAAAGAAAAAGAGUGAAUUGGCAGUUUUGCAGCAAUUGAGUAAUGAUGAAGGCGGUGUUGGAAUAAACGUACUCGAGCCAUUACUAACUAAAGCACAACUUUCAAGAAGCGAAUUACAAUUUCUUAUUGACCUAAUGCUGAACAAACAACACGGUCCCACCCCUGAACACACUGAAUGGUUUGAGGGGCGCAGUGACCCCGUACAGAAACUAAAAAAACAGUUGGCAGAAAAGGAGAAAGCUCUAACAGACGAGCAAGAGAAAUCUCUGGGUAUUCAAGCAAAGUUACGUGAAUUGCGCACUGAAUUGAAUGCUGAGCGUUCUAGAAUCAAUGCAGCAACUCGUAACUAUGAACAAACUAUUGCAUCGAAAUCAUCUGAAGCUCAGCAAUUGGCUAAUAAGUUACAAAUUGUGGUUGAAAGCCAUAAUGCAGAGAAGCAUACUUUGACACAGCAAUUGCAACAGUACCAGGCUAAACUCGCUGAAGAACACAAUGCAGUAACUCAACUGCAAGAGGAACAAAAGAAUGUGAAAGAAUUGAUGGCCCAAAGGCAACAGUACGAAGCUCAUAUUGUCCAAAUGAAAGAAAACGAAGCUAUGUUGAACUCUCAAUUGCACUCGUUGCACGCAAAGUUAUUGGAAACUAAAACAUUGCAGGAACAACUUGCAUAUAGGGAUCAACAGUUGCAAGAAAUCAUGCCACAAUUGGAGGCCUGUAGACAACAAAUUGCUGACUAUGACCAACGCUGGGUUGUUGCACAAAUGCAUGAAAAUGAAUUGAAAAUGGAAAUUCAUAGAUUGCAAACCGAAUUGAGAUCUUCGAAGGACAAUUUAUCAGGAUUUGCUGCAAUGGAAUCUGAAAUGAGCAGACUCUCGAUGUUGAAUACCAAACAUGAAGAAAAACAAAAGGAACUUCUGAGGAAAAAUGAAGAUGUUGAUAGACACAUUAACCAAUUAAAAACCCAAAUAAAUACUCUACAAAAUGAGAAAGAUGCUCUAGUGAAACAAGUAGCUGAGUUAUCGGAAUUGCAAAAUGGAGCUGCCACUCACGAAAACAACAAAAAUAAGGUGGAAUUCCUGAACCUCCAGAACGCUCUCGAUUCAAACGUCAGUAAACUCAAACAAGUGGAAACCGAAAACACAGAACUCAAAAAUAAAGUAUCACAAUUAACUACAACACACGGUUCACUACAGAGUCAACUUGAUGAACUGAAAUUGAAAAAUGACGAGUUGAGAACUAAAAACUGGAACGUCAUGGAAGCUUUGCAGACUAAAGAAAAACUAGUAACGGAAUUAACUAAACAGCAACAACAACAACCUCAAAAAAUUGUAGAAGUUUCUACUAAACCUUCAGAAGAUGCCGUGGCACAAGCGGCUAUAGAAUUGGUUAAGAGAAUAAUGCCUGAAAAUGCAGUUAAUUCUAAAGAAUUAGGAAGUAAUCCUGAAGAAUGCUUAGAUGUGUACAAGCAAAAAAUAUUCCAUAUGCACGAACAGAAUAGUCAAUUGGCCGCCAUGGUUACUAAUUAUAAGAAAAUAGUUUUGGACACCGAGGGAGUACUUAAUAAUUUACAGUCCUAUGUUGAGACUGAAGAAUCCCGCUGGCAAGAAAAGUUUGCAGCGAAAGAAGCAGAAAUUCAAGCAAUGAAUAAACAAUUACAAGCUCAGCAAAAGACCUCAACACCAAAUCAUUCAACAAAUGGACCUACUGCAAGUUUAUAGGACAUGCUUUGAUAAUGUAUAACCAAGAAGAAUAAUUGCUUUGGACAAGCGGUACGAAUAUUAAUAAUAUAACCAAUCAAUCAUUCUACUACACAAGGAAUGUUAUUAAUAUAUAUAUUAUAAUAGACGCACACAUUUAGAGGAUUUAGUACUGUGCUAUAUUUUGUAUUAUAUUUUUAUUAAAUUAAUUUACUAGAUUAUUUUCUAUUGCUAAAAAAAAAAAGAUAAAGUAAAGAUAAAUUGAACCAAGCAAUCUAUCUAUUGUUAAAGUGGGACUGGUUUUCACUUUUGAAAUUUAUACAUAUGUACUUUAUUUUGACAAUGGAAACAUUAAAAGACACAUUUA